AUGGUGACUCGUCUGCUGGAUUGUUUUGUGUUCAGUGAAAGACACACUUCUGAGAACUUAGCAGAGGAGCUGCUCAAAGUGGCCAAAGAGUGGAAUGUGGAAAACAAAGUGGUUUGCUGUGUAAGCGACAAUGCAGCUAACAUCACCAAAGCAAUUAAAACCCUGAAAUGGACCCAUCACCCAUGUCUUGCACACACCCUUAACCUGGUUGUAAGAGAUGCUCUGAAGGUGAUGAAGCCCACUGCGGACAAAGUGAAGGGGAUAGUGGAAUUCUUCCACAGGAGCACAACAGCCACACAGAAGCUCAAAUCUACCCAACAACAGAUGGGCAUGCCUGAGCUGAAGCUCAAGCAAGAGUGUAUUACAAGGUGGAAUUCCACCUUUCACAUGCUAAAACGGAUCCUGGAGUCCAAGGAUGCAGUCAUCUCUACCCUGGCUGUUAUCAAUGCACCUGUUGAUCCUCUGAGCCAAGAGGAAUGGGAGGUACUGCAGGAGGCAUGCACUGUUCUGGAGCCAUUUGAGCAGGUCACUGUGGAGAUCAGUGCAGACAGCUAUGUUACAGCCUCUAAAGUGUUAAUCUGUGCAAGGGUCUUCAGAAAGUGA